ACAGGAGAGAGGUGCAAGGAUAACGACAGCAGCAGGACGUUUCGAUUUUUUCCGCGUCGUGCAAUAUCCCCCUUCGGCAAUGCAUUUAUCCUGCAACCAUCCUCAUCGACGAUGAACGAUUCCAGCAGCUGGAAACCCAUCAGGAUCGACGUCUCAUUCAUAACUUAAUGAUGAAUGAGGUAUCGUCGAUGACGUUCUCGUGCGAAGAGCAGCCUCGAGCGAUGCUGGACAGGCUGUAUGAUCAGAAGCAGAAGAGCAGUUUCUGCGAUCUGACGCUCUUCGUUAACAACAAAGUGGUGAAGGCGCAUCGCAACGUUCUCGCAUGCGGCUCACCUUACUUCGACUCCAUACUGAAGCAUCACAAAGUCGCCAGGGAACAUCUUACAGUCAGCUGCACGGACGUGGAGAUCUUCAACACGCUGAUCAACUACAUGUACACGGGACGCGUGACCGUGGAGCAUGCGAACGUCGAGGAACUUCUUCGUCUCGCCGAUCAUUUCUUGAUGACCAAAGUGGUGGAAUACUGCAUCGAGUUUCUGGGCACGAAACUGAGCAUCGAGAACUGCCUCUUCACCUUCUACCUGACGCAACGGUUCAAGCUCAAGCAGUUAGGAAAUCUGGUCGAGAAUUGGAUCGUGACGCACCUGAACGAGGUGUGCGACGGUCAGGAGGUGCUCGGUCUGCACGUGCUCGAGCUGCAGGAGUUCCUGAAAAACAAAAUGUUUGUGGUGAGCCUUUACAAGCUCCUGCAGAUCUUGACGGAUUGGGUCGGCAAGCACAUCCAGGAUCGCGAAAAGGAGCUGACGAAGCUGCUGCGCGAGGUCAGCUGGACGAACGUCGAUCACAACGAUAUUUACAAGCACGUCGAGCACUGCGAACUCUACACCAAGAGCGAGCUGAGUCUCUACUAUUUCCUGCAUACGCUCAUGCAGAACAACCUGCUGAUGUCCAACUACCAGGCCAAAUACGAUAUGCUCCAUGCCAAAUACGAACAAAUGUUGAAGCCGGAAGACAAGGGAGAGGGCGAGAAAGGCGAAGCAGGUAAAGCUUCUUCGGGCAACGAAAAGGAACCGCAUGCUAGUAUUAUCGUGAAGGCAAGGAACAGGAACAGGAAGGAGCACUUUCUGAAGAAGCUGAUGGCCGGUUUGAAGCCUAGUCUGAAAGGGGCAGCUCUGAGGGCGCUCGCCAAGAAGAACAAGAAGAUCAGCCUGUCCGAUUACCUAACAGAUAACAUCGACGACUCGGAUACCGAUGAAAAAGUCGGCAUCAAGUGUCCGAUCUGCUUCACGAACAUCAACGACAGCCUCCUCUUGGAGCAGCACCUCGCCCUCAGCCACUCCAAGGAUGUCACGUACAAGUGUGGAAUCUGCAAUUUCGUGUGCCAGUACCACGGGGAUUACCUCAACCACAUGAAAGUGCAUUUCACUGGGCCACCAUUCAAAUGUGAUUAUUGUGAUACAACGACUGACCAAAUAGCUAAGCUAAUUGCGCACCGCGCCAAGCAUCUGGAGGAUUCCGUGUAUCAGUGCAAUUUCUGUUCGUUCAAGUGUCGCGUCAAGCAGAACUACCUCUCUCACCUGAAGAUCCACACGCCGGAGAAGACGUUCAAGUGCGAUCAGUGCACCAAGUCGUUCCGAUACAAGCACAACCUGGAGACGCACAUGCUGACCCAUUCGAGCGAGAAGAACUUGUCGUGCGAGACGUGCGGCUUCCACACUAAAUUCCUCAGCCACAUGAUCGCGCACAAGAGGAUACACGCCGGUGAUAUCUACCGGUGUUCGUAUCCUCAUUGCAAGUACUCCACGUCGAAGAAGAAUCAAUUGGCGAGUCACGCGAAGAGCCACAAUGGCUUGAGGCCGCACUCGUGCGGCGUCUGCGGCCGCGGCUUCAUGGAGAAGAGUCAUCUGGUGAGACACGAAAGGAUACAUCUCGAGGAGAAACCGUUCAAGUGCUCCAAUUGCGAUUACGCCAGUUCGAGGAGGGACAAGCUGAAGGAGCACUUCACCAGACACCACGGGGAGAACGCCAGCGCUAAGGUUCCGUACAAGGCGAGACCGAUGAGGAAUUCGGGAAGUGGAAGUGGAUCGGGAAGCAGCAGAUCUUCGAAGCAACAGGCAGCGCCGGAGUCUUCGUCGUCAUCGAACAACGCGAACGCCAACAACUCCAACAUAAAUUUCCCGGCGAACAACGGUAGCGCAGCGACGGCUUCCACAGUGACUCAGCCCAUAGGUUCCGAGAUCCAGGAUCUGAUCAUGCACCAUCAGAACCAUUCGACUACGGCUGGCACUGGAAAUCUGGCCACCCUGAACUCUAAUUACCAUCACUUCGGAGAUCCGUCCGACUUCCAUCAUCACAGCCACAACAUCCAGCACCAGAUCCUCGGUCACAACCAGCGUCCCGGUCAGCAUCACAACAACGUGGUCAACCAUCACAUGUUGGCGGCGAGAUCGAACCACUCUUCGGCGACGUCGACGGCAGCGGCCGUUGCGGCUGCGAUGAUGUUGGAUCCGAGAUUCCAUCACAACUCCACCGUGCCGUAUCAUCCUACCACGACGCCCGUUUCGAUGGCCAUGGCCGCGGUGCAAUCCUCCCAGCAGAUCCAAGGAUCCGCACAGCACACGGACUACCCGACGACGCUGCAGAACUGCAUGACCCUUUUCUAGGUCUUCUCAUCUACUUCAAACACACAUGAAAAAAAAGAAAAACCUAAGAAGCUUUAAAUUCAAGUUAUUAUACUUCAGAAACUGCAACAAACAGACGGAGAACGUCCUUCGCAUAUUAAAGACGAUUGUAAGGAACCUUAGAUAAUCGAAAGGAAACUGUUAUUACACUUAAAAGAUGAAUGAAAACACAGUUU